CUCCACAAGCAGCUUGGUCCCCUGUGAUGAGAGUGCACGAUGGCAAGUUAAUGGGAAAGAUAUGAUUUCAGAUUUCAAAUAAGGAAUGUCAGAAAACUGAAUAUGUUUUCCUUGAGUCAAAGAAAUAAUUCCAACUUGCUUUAAUAAUUUUAUUAGGUGAUGUGCCUUCAGGACUUUUUUGGUGACGAUGACAUUUUUAUUGCAUGUGGACCGGAGAAGUUCCGUUACCAGGAUGAUUUCUUGCUAGAUGAAAGUGAAUGUCGCGUGGUGAAGUCCACUUCCUACACCAAAAUAGCUUCGUCGUCCCGCAGGAGCACCACCAAGAGCCCAGGGCCUUCCCGGCGCAGCAAAUCCCCGGCCUCCACCAGCUCAGUUAAUGGAACCCCGGGUAGUCAGCUCUCUACUCCGCGCUCGGGCAAGUCUCCUAGCCCAUCACCCACCAGCCCCGGAAGCCUGCGGAAGCAGAGGAGCUCUCAGCAUGGCGGCUCCUCCACUUCCCUCGCAUCCACCAAAGUCUGCAGCUCAAUGGACGAGAACGACGGACCCGGAGAAGGUGAAGUGUCGGAGGAAGGCUUCCAGAUUCCGGCCACAAUAACAGAACGAUAUAAAGUCGGAAGGACAAUAGGAGAUGGAAAUUUUGCUGUUGUCAAGGAAUGUGUAGAAAGGUCGACUGCUAGAGAGUAUGCUCUGAAAAUUAUCAAGAAAAGCAAGUGUCGAGGCAAAGAGCACAUGAUCCAGAACGAGGUGUCUAUCUUGAGAAGAGUGAAGCACCCCAAUAUUGUUCUUCUGAUCGAAGAGAUGGACGUGCCAACGGAGCUGUAUCUUGUCAUGGAAUUAGUAAAGGGAGGAGACCUCUUCGAUGCCAUCACCUCCACUAACAAAUACACUGAGCGAGAUGCCAGUGGGAUGCUGUACAACCUGGCCAGCGCCAUCAAAUACCUGCACAGCCUCAACAUCGUCCACCGUGACAUCAAACCAGAGAAUCUGCUGGUGUAUGAACACCAAGAUGGCAGCAAAUCUCUGAAGCUGGGUGACUUUGGACUGGCUACCAUUGUAGAUGGCCCCCUGUACACCGUGUGCGGUACCCCAACAUACGUAGCUCCCGAAAUCAUUGCAGAGACUGGAUAUGGCCUCAAAGUGGACAUCUGGGCGGCUGGUGUCAUUACUUACAUCCUGCUGUGUGGUUUCCCUCCAUUCCGUGGAAGCGGUGACGACCAGGAGGUACUUUUUGAUCAGAUUUUGAUGGGGCAAGUGGACUUCCCUUCUCCAUACUGGGAUAACGUUUCCGAUUCUGCAAAGGAGCUCAUCACUAUGAUGCUGUUGGUGGAUGUCGAUCAGCGGUUUUCGGCCGUGCAGGUCCUUGAACAUCCCUGGGUUAAUGAUGACGGCCUCCCAGAAAAUGAACAUCAGCUGUCAGUAGCGGGAAAGAUAAAGAAGCAUUUCAACACAGGUCCCAAACCGAAUAGCACAGCAGCUGGAGUUUCUGUCAUAGCAACCACCGCUCUUGAUAAGGAGAGGCAGGUUUUCCGACGAAGACGCAACCCGGAUGUGAGGAGCCGGUACAAGGCCCAGCCAGCUCCACCGGAACUCAACUCGGAGUCGGAAGACUACUCGCCGAGCUCCUCCGAGACUGUUCGCUCCCCAAACUCGCCCUUUUAAUAAGACCCUUUUACUCGAAGUCCUAGCUUAACCCUUUGAUACUCUGAGGUUUGUUACCCCCCCCCCAAAUUAUGUCAGACAGUUUCCUCUGAUCUACCUAGCACUCAGUGCUUGAAUGGCCGAGCAGAACAGUGUGUUUUUCUGGUACCCUUGUAGCGAUUUCCCUUUUGCUGAAUGAGACUGUGACAUGUUAUUGGUGAAGAUGACAACUUGCUGCUAAUUGGGUCCUCAAAGGGUUAAGGCUAUUUUGCGACUUUUAAAAUGUAGAAGCAAUGAAUGUUUUCAUCAGUGGAGCUAGGCUCUGCAGUAUGUAACAUAGCACGUGUUAACCCUCUGAGUGCAUGGGAUUUUAUGGAGAAUGCUUGAGGGAAUCUUUCAGGCCUCUGGAUUUAUAUGCACAUGUUUCUUGAUUUUGCUGCAGAUUAAGGGGUUAUUAGAUGCUGAGAUGUCCAGACAGGAAGAGCGUCUAGCAUGCUGUCUUGCUUGUCCUUUUUUUGUGGGUUUAGAACAUGGCAGGUUUAUAACUUAAGCAUCAGCAUCCCUUUCCUCUUCACAAUCCUAUUAAGAAAGGGACUUUUUUAAAAGAAAGAGGUCUCACUGCCAGCUGCCCUGAGUCCUACAUCCCACAUGGAGGGACCUGGAUCUAUGGCCAACAGCCUGACCCAGGAUAUAGAUGGUGGCCCCCCUCCCGCAAAUCACCUCCAUUUGAAGACGUGCUGAUGACGCCCCAGAAAUGCUGCUUCCACUUCAGCUGCUACUACUGCCAGUGCGGACCCUCAGGAAGUCACCAGAGCUUGCCCUGUACUUGGUGAUUCAGGGUCUGCCUGCUCAGUAUGAAACAUCUACAGGAAAAAAUAAACAAACUGGUGGAAAAGAGCAAUAAAUUGCCAGGUGCUCUACAGGGCUGGAAUGUCAAACAGGAAGAGGCAACAAGACCCGGUUCUUUGUCUCAUCUGCUUUUUUCACACAGUUCAGUCUAAAGUGUGAGAUCCACACAGUGUAUGAAGUCCAUACACAGAAUAUGAAGUCCAUACACAGAAUAUGAAGCCCAUACACAGGAGGAGCGCCCAGGACUGGGCGCCCAGAGCCGAGUGCUUUGCAAGAUGGCCAAGGAGAAAGCAGAGUGGACCAGCAGUCCAUAGUCUCAAAACACUUUUUAAUGAAAUAAACCAUCGGUGAGAUGAUUCCAUGUGCACCUUUAGGAUACUUACAUAUAGUCUCAGGGAGAACAGGAUGGGAGACAUAGAGGGUAUCCCUGAGGAUAAAACUUCCGCUCCCUAGGAUGACCUUUAUAUAGCACUGUCUUUAGCUGUCCAGAGAGAGAUGCUAUUUUCUUUCUUUGGCCCAAGUCCUGUCCAACAGCUGUAUUUUACUCCUGUUUCCAAAUCUUUCUCCCUAGCCCUGUGUCUCCCCUGGAGUGUGUUACGCUUGGAAUGGGGGCCUGCAGCAGCCUGCGGUCACUGCUUAGGUGCAGGGAAGAGGCUGGCUGGGGUGUUUGGCAAGGUGGGGUUUGUCCCAACUCCGAUGUCCUCCUAAGGUUUGCUUCGCUCCCUGGCCCGGAAGACAACCAUGAUGGCUCAUGAAAUUUGCAUCUAGAUGGCUGGACAGCGCUCAUGGUCUCUGCUCUGAGGUAUACUUCGACACCUGAAAGUCUUGAAAGGUGUGUGCAGCUCUUCCACAGUCAAUUCUUGACUUUCAGACACAGGUCGGUCUUCAGUGACCACCUUUUACUCUUCAACUGAUAAACAUAUGGUCUCUAUUACUAUCAAUGUAAAAAUCACAGCAUGCCGUGACUGCAUCAUGGUCCCCCCCCAACUCCCGCCACUCCCCGAGUUUUUGACUCUUUCACGUUUAGGGUUAUCUCUUCUGUGUUGUCUUGCCAUGUAAAUAUUAGGUCAUUUACUGAGAGCACCCCCACCUUUUUUUUGAGAGUCCUGAAACCUAACAUACAACAUCACAAGGUAGCACAAUCAGGUGGGUUUUCUGGUGAAGAUGGGGAGGGCAGGACACCAGGAAGGUAUGGUGUUUAGGUAGAUUCCAUACAGUAAAGUAUCCAAAACUGGUCAGAAAUUACUGCUUUCUCUAGAACUCAAAAGCAAAGCACUAUUCACAGUAAGACGAAGGAGCAGGUUCCUGGAUUGGCCUCAAUUAUAAAUGUGUGAAUAUGAAGAAAUCCUGUGUGUGGAGACCUCCCUGCAGUAAGAUUGUGGUUUUCCUUGGGCCCCCCUGGUAGCCCAGUUGGUAAAGAAUCCGCCUGCAAUGCAGGAGACCCUGGUUCUAUUUCUGGGUCGGGAAGAUCCCCUGGAGAAGGGAUAGGCUACCCACUCCAGUAUUCUUGGGCUUCCAUUGUGGCUCAGCUGGGAAAGAAUCCGCCUGCAAUGCGGGAGACCUGGGUUUGAUCCCUGGGUUGGGAAGAUCCGCUGGAGAAGGGAAAGGCUACCCACUCCAGUAUUCUGGCCUGGAGAAUUCCAUGAACUGUAUAGUCCAUGGGGUCACAAAGAGUUGGACACAACUGAGCAACUUUCACUUCACUUUCUUUCUCUGAAUUACUGCUUUUCCCGUGGGCAUUGUGUCUAUGAUGCCAGCAUCUUGCAUACAUACCUUACAGCGCAUGGCUCAGGCCUUUUUCACCCAAGUCUUGAAGGACUGUGGACCAUGUAAAGCUGUGGCGUGUUUCCCGUAACACUGCAGAGGGGCCACUCGGAAGAAUGCAGGGCCAUUCCGCAUGGGGAUCCCAGCACACCACUGCAGAAUUUGAGUGAUCUAUGCUGAAUAAAUAGUGGAAUGUGACCUGUCAAGUAGAAAUAUUGAGUAAUCAGAUGGAAUGCAAUCUUUUCAGCACUAAGCUAUCGAGAUCCUGAAUGUCAGAGAUGUACUCAGAGGGUUAACAGACAAGCACAAGGCAUGCUGAUUACGUGGGUGUACCCAGACUGCUUUUGCUUUUUAGCCAGUGCUAAUUUUUUUCACAACAUUCUUGGGAUAGUUCAAGUUUGAAAUAAUUAAGUGGUGGUGUUAAGGAAUUUCUAUAACCAAAUUGAUCUUAUUUUUUAUUUCACUUUAUUAGAGAAUAAAUAUGUACCAUUAUGACAGUGUAUCUCUGUACUUAUCAAUUUAAUCAUUGCCACAAGUGUCCCCAUAUUUUUCUUUUCUACGUAUAUAAUAUAGCUUUUAUGGUGGUGGCCUGGUGAUGGGGACUGUCUUUCCUCUAUUGAUACAUGACCAACCAUAUGGUAUUUUCAAGGGGAAUUUUAAGAUUCAUUUUGUUUCCGUUUUGGUAGUAGACUAGUUAAGGAAAAACUCUUUCAUUACUUGCAUCAUGUAAACCAUCUCUGUAGAUGAGAACCGUUCAUAUUGAUGACACAUUUUUUUUUCUCAGCACUGUAGCAGAAACCAUUUAUUCUCAUAAUCAAUGCAUAUGUAAUUUGCUCCAUAUCAUUAGAAGGAAAAGUAAGAUUUUGGACAUUGAAAAUGUUUUUUCUGUAGCCCUCAUCUGAUUUUACACGUGGUGCAUACUAAAAUAAGCCAAGAAAAAAAAUGCAAAUAAACUACUGAAAAUGCUUGGUGUUCUGUAUUCAGUGAGACCUUCCUACAACCUGCUCAGCACCCCCAUGGGUGGUGUUUAACAGGCCCGUCAGAUACUGUUGAAAGAAAGCAAUAUAUCCAUAAAUGAAGGCUAAAAUUGCAAUCCUUUACCCUUUGAGGCGUAUUUCAGUUGGAAAAAAGAAAAGAAAAAUUGGCUUAGCUGAGAGGGUCACGGGGCUGCCGUGUGGCCAAGGCUUACGCACAUUAAAUCAUGGUUGUCUGCUGGCCAGUGGCGCCAUGACACAGCCCCAUCCCUGUGCUGAAGGGCAAUCGUGCUUGAGGGAGAGCUUUCUUCAUAUUAUUGUGUUGCCCGAUAGCCCUUCUCUGGGUCAGGAUCUGUCAGCAUUUCCAUGAUAAACUUCUGAUUUCAAAGGUUUUUAAUUUGAUCAUAAAAAGGUGCCCCAGGCUGAAGUUUGCUAUAGAGCGCCUGUUCCGAAGAAUGAAGGUUCACUGCCUUCUUUUCUCUGCCCAAUUCUGCCGAGAAAAGAAUAACCAAAAAGAAAAAAAGAAAAUCUGGUAUGUCUCCCCUCUUUACUUGUAAUUUCAGAAUUGUGGAAAGCACCAAGAUCCAAGAUGGUAGUUUAAUUUAAUUAUUCAUUUGGGUGUGGGUUAAAAAAAAUUAAUGAGUCACCUGGCAUAUAUUGUAGAUAACAUAUCUUUUCUAUAAUUUGUAAAUCAUUAAUUUUUUUAACUGCUACAUGAUUUGGGAGGGGUGGGAGUGGGAAUCCAAUCAAAGAUUUUUUUUAAAACUUGAAGUUGGUCAGUUCAAGGGUUAGCCUUUCCUGUGUGUUGUCUGCCAUUUCCAUUAGGAGUUUGGGGAAAAAAUACUCUCAGACAGACCCUUAUUUUGCAUGCAGUGAUAGAGGGUCAGAUAUGUGCUUCUUUGGGAGAUACGGAUUUCUUUAUUUAAUCAAGUUUCAUGAAGCCAUUCUAGUCUGUUGGGGAAAAUAGUGAUUAAAAGCACUUCCAAAACUAACAUUUUUGUCAAUUUAGAUAUGAUAAGGAGUGCAUCAAUGAACACACUUCACACAUUUUUUGGUUUAAAGACAAAAAAAAAACACGAAACUUGAGAACACAUUUGAUCACUGCAAAUGUGCUUUAAAAAUUGGCUCAAUGGUGCUUAUACAUGAAACAGUAACAAAUGGGGUCCCUAGGACUGUCAGAAGGAAUCUUUCAUUUGUAUGUAAUUACAUACUUGAGGAGGAGGUGCUUUUAAGGCAGUCUUUCAUUUUUUAAUCAUCUCAAAUAUGCAACCAUCCAUCCAGUAACAUUAAGGGUCAUAAACUGGUGGGAAACAGGAAAUUCAGUGUAGAAGCUUAGGAUGCCUCUGGGUGAGGUGGUCUUUAUUUCCCUCUUUGGUUUUUUUGUGUGUGUUGCUGUUGUCGUCAUUCAUGGGCUUCAAUGCUGAAGCUGGGCGAUCAUUUUUCAGUGAGUGAGCUUCUAACUGGCAGGUGUUUUGAUCACGGGGUUUGCAGUCUCUUGCCCUUGGAGACGAGUGAGGGCUCUAGUUUCAUUCUUUUUCAUAAAGAAAGUGCAAUCUCUGUAAUUAAACCCCACCUGUAAAUUUCCUCGACAUUCUUUUUUGGUCCACUGACAUGAGACCCUUAAUGUUGCUUCAGUGUAAAAUUGUAUAUUUUUGUCUGUGAUAUACUUUAUUAACUUAAAGUAAAUAAUAGUUCUAAAAGCCUUCACUGUUGGUAUUAAGAGAAAGUAGGGUUUUAAAAGUGAUGAUAAAGAUGCUAUAAUGUCAAUUCAUUCCAGUCCAAUUGAAUGUGGUAAGAAAAAGACCUUGAAUAGUUCUCUAGGGACAAUUUCUCACUGGCCAUUGACAUUAAUCUUUGAUGUAUUCUUAGAAAAAAAUAAAAAGAAAUUGAAACUGGUCCAAGGUUAGAGUCAUAUCCUCGAUAACUAUUUUUUUUAAUUUUAUUAGGAAAUUAAUAAUAGUCUUUUUCAUUCUGGGUGAAAGAAAAUUGUUAAAGGACUAGUUGAGUGUGAAAUUAAAUAAUAUUUUGCUCAUGCAUACUGAAAAGGUGGGCUUGAAACUUGAUGCAUUUAAACAAGUUUCUGAAAGGUUUUAAUUCGGUGCAAGAAAAAAAAUUCAAUGUUUCCUUUGAAAAUACUGAAUUUAUCAAUUGCUGCAUGGAUCAGAUGGCACAGGUUAACCUUUGAUUUUUCAGAAUCUUAAUGAAGUAACUAUCAAACGAUUUGUAUCCAUGAUUAAAGCUGGAAUGAGAUCUGAUUUUUUUUCCUAAUCUCUCAGUUUAAGCUAAUAAAUGUAGGUUAAUGUGGAUGAAAUCAUCUGUGAUAUAUUAUGUUCAUUUAUCAACUGAGCUUUUUUGAUGUUGCCUGUUUUUAUGUAAAACAUGUUCUUAAAGGUUAAUAAAAGAAUAGUACUUGGUGUAUGAA